AUGACGGACAGGAUCAGGGACACGCCACGCCACACCGUUCAAAUCCACACCAUGACACAACCACUGAAAGUGACCUCUGACCCCUUCAGAGGAAGUCUGUGUAUGAAGAGCUGCAGGUUCAACUCAUCAGAGACCACGCCCACAAAUACCACCUCCAGGAGUCCUGACCACGCCCACAUGACCACGCCUCCUCCUGUGGUUGGACCGUCCUGUUGGUGGAGACAGUCUCCUCCCCCUCCACUGAAGUUCAGAAACUCCUCCAUCAGCUGGAAAAGCUGCAGAUUCAGCAGGAAGUAUGUCCCAGCACGCUAUACCAUCAUCCCAGCAUGCUUUGUGGUGGAGCUCAGUCUGGUGUGUCUUAUCACCGAACGAAAUGGAGGAGCGAGGAGCAGUGAAGGAGGCGCAGACAUGUUGGCUGCUGCUCUCAGUGAGAAAAUCGCCUCUCUUUGUCGGUGUCUCCACAGGUUAGCUCCUCCUCCUCCUCUCAGCCUCAGAAACGGCGUUCACACAGCUCGCUCGCCAAAACGACGACCUGUUGAGACGUCUCACUUCCUGACAGCCCGACAUCUGAGUGUGACGUUUGUCGGAUCAGGAGCUCUCUGCAUUCAGCUGUGA